GAACUGUAAUUGGUGUUGUCAUUUACACAGGCAAGGAAACUCGAAGUGUAAUGAACACAUCCAAUCCAAAAAAUAAGGUUGGCUUGCUGGACCUGGAGUUGAAUCAACUGACCAAAGCCCUAUUUUUGGCCUUAGUUGCACUAUCAGUUGUUAUGGUAACCUUGCAAGGAUUUGUAGGCCCAUGGUAUCGCAACCUUUUCCGGUUCCUCCUCCUCUUUUCCUAUAUCAUCCCAAUCAGUUUACGUGUGAACUUGGACAUGGGUAAGGCAGCCUAUGGGUGGAUGAUUAUGAAAGAUGACAAUAUUCCUGGAACAGUUGUUCGAACUAGCACCAUACCAGAAGAGUUGGGACGAUUAGUUUAUUUACUAACGGAUAAAACAGGAACACUUACACAGAAUGAGAUGAUAUUUAAGCGCCUCCACCUAGGUACUGUGUCCUAUGGAACAGACACAAUGGAUGAAAUUCAGAGUCAUAUUAUAAACUCUUAUUCACAGGUGCACUCUCAGAAUAGUGGAAACAGUACGAGUUCAACACCAUCUAGGAAACCUCAGUCGUCUGCACCCAAAGUCCGCAAGAGUGUCAGCAGUCGGAUACAUGAAGCAGUGAAGGCCAUUGCACUGUGCCACAACGUGACCCCAGUGUAUGAAUCCCGGGCUGGUGUGUCUGGAGAAACAGAAUAUGCGGAGGUGGAUCAGGACUUCAGCGAUGAAAAUCGAACUUACCAGGCUUCCAGCCCUGAUGAGGUAGCUCUGGUGCAGUGGACAGAGAGUGUCGGUCUCACUCUGGUUAACAGGGAUUUGACCUCAAUGCAGCUGAAGACCCCUGGUGGACACAUUCUGACGUACUAUAUUCUGCAGAUCUUUCCCUUCACUUCUGAGAGCAAGCGCAUGGGGAUCAUAGUUAGGGAUGAAUCUUCAGGAGAAAUUACAUUUUACAUGAAGGGUGCAGAUGUUGCAAUGUCCACUAUUGUACAGUACAACGAUUGGUUAGAAGAAGAGUGUGGUAAUAUGGCACGAGAAGGACUGCGUACGCUGGUUGUUGCCAAAAAAUCACUGACUGAGGAACAGUAUCAAGAUUUUGAGAGUCGAUAUAACCAAGCAAAGUUAAGCAUACAUGAUAGAAACCUGAAGGUUGCUGCUGUUGUAGAGAGUUUGGAGCGAGAAAUGGAAUUGCUGUGUCUCACUGGAGUAGAAGAUCAGCUGCAAGCAGAUGUUAGACCAACUCUAGAGAUGCUAAGAAAUGCUGGAAUAAAGAUAUGGAUGUUAACAGGAGAUAAACUGGAGACAGCAACAUGCAUUGCAAAAAGUUCUCACUUAGUGUCUAGGACUCAAGAUAUUCACAUUUUCAGACCUGUUACCACUCGAGGAGAGGCUCACUUAGAACUAAAUGCCUUUAGGAGGAAGCAUGACUGUGCCUUGGUGAUAUCUGGGGACUCGCUUGAGGUUUGUCUGAAAUAUUAUGAGCAUGAAUUUGUAGAGUUGGCUUGUCAGUGUCCUGCUGUAGUGUGCUGCCGAUGUUCUCCCACCCAAAAAGCUCAUAUUGUGAAACUGUUACAGCACCACACUGGAAAACGCACAUGUGCAAUAGGUGAUGGAGGAAAUGAUGUCAGCAUGAUCCAAGCAGCAGACUGUGGAAUUGGAAUUGAAGGCAAGGAGGGAAAACAAGCUUCCCUAGCAGCUGAUUUUUCUAUCACACAGUUUAAACACAUAGGUAGGCUGCUGAUGGUACAUGGUCGAAACAGUUACAAAAGAUCAGCAGCACUUGGUCAAUUUGUCAUGCACCGAGGCCUUAUUAUUUCAACUAUGCAGGCUGUAUUUUCAUCAGUCUUCUAUUUUGCAUCUGUUCCCUUGUACCAAGGAUUCCUAAUGGUAGGGUAUGCAACCAUAUACACUAUGUUUCCAGUCUUCUCUCUAGUAUUGGAUCAGGAUGUGAAGCCAGAAAUGGCAUUGCUAUAUCCAGAACUUUAUAAGGAUCUCACAAAGGGAAGAUCUUUGUCAUUUAAGACCUUCCUCAUCUGGGUUUUAAUCAGUAUUUACCAAGGUGGUAUUCUGAUGUACGGAGCCCUGCUGCUUUUUGAAUCUGAAUUUGUACAUGUCGUUGCCAUUUCCUUCACUGCCCUUAUCUUGACUGAGCUCUUGAUGGUUGCACUGACCAUACGAACAUGGCACUGGUUAAUGGUGGUGGCUGAAUUCCUCAGUCUUGGCUGCUAUGUGGCCUCUCUUGCAUUUCUAAAUGAAUACUUUGGUAUAGGCAGAGUGUCUUUUGGAGCUUUCUUAGAUGUUGCCUUUAUCACAACUGUGACCUUCCUGUGGAAAGUGUCAGCAAUCACUGUUGUAAGCUGUCUUCCACUUUACAUUCUCAAGUACUUGAAGCGCAAAUUUUCUCCUCCAAGUUACUCCAAGCUUACCUCGUAAAAGUUAUUACAUUCCUAUGGUUUUUCACUCACACCGGUCUGCAAAUUGCACAUUCACUGUGCUUUAGUGUCUACGGAUUUACGCUGGACUAAAGAAAUUUUAAAAAAAAAAAAAAAAAUCAAAAGCGAUAGAGUGAAUAGAGCACAAAAGAGGAGGAAACAUCUGACAGGUACAAUAACACAGAAGUGUACUAACAAGACUAUCAGAGAUAAACGAAAUUUUCUUCAUGUUGAUUUUUUUUUUUACUUUCAUUUGCUAUGAUUAUAAAAUAAAACUUAAUUACCUUUGAUUUGACAAUGCUUCUGAAUGGUUUCAUUGCUACUGUAAAGGAUUUUUUCCUACUGUACUAAUCUUCUGCAAGUUGAAUUGAAAGUUUCGUUAUUUAUUACAUAACUUCGCUUCUUUAAUUAUUACAUAACUUCCUAAUUCAAGUCCUUUCCUUUAAUGUUUAUAUAUGGAAA